AUUAAGUUCGCAAGGGCGUUGGCGGAGAAACGCGGUCUGGCUCAAGAUGGUCGAGUGCGCUUUGUACUGGCCGACUAUCGGAAGCCCAUCUACAAAACCGAUGAAGGCAACAGCGACAUCUCGACGACAACAAAAUCAACGUCGGGAGACGAAUCUCCACUGACGUUCGACCGUUGCGUAUCCGUCGGCUUCUUGGAGCACGUGGGUUACCGAAACCUUCGCGAAUUCUUCACAGUCGUGUCAACGAGUCUUCGACCCAGUGGAAUCGCUGUUGUUCAAUGCAUCACGACUGGUCGAACUACACCCUUCAUCGCGGAAGAACGCUGGAUCCCCAAAUACAUUUUCCCGAAUGGUUAUUUGCCUUCACCUUCUCUUCUGUGCUCAUCAUCCGAGAUGCUGUUGACAGUAGAAGACAUGCAAAUGCUCGGACACGACUAUUAUCGCACUCUGAAGGCGUGGCAUGAGAAUUAUUCCAAGCAGAAGGUGAAGGAGCAAGUGAAACAGGAGAGAGGCGACAUCUUUGAUAGAAUGUGGGACUAUUACUUGCUGUACAGCGCUGCCGGGUUCAGAGGGCGCAAGAUUCACUUGGCCCAGGUCAUUAAGUUCGCAAGGGCGUUGGCGGAGAAACGCGGUCUGGCUCAAGAUGGUCGAGUGCGCUUUGUACUGGCCGACUAUCGGAAGCCCAUCUACAAAACCGAUGAAGGCAACAGCGACAUCUCGACGACAACAAAAUCAACGUCGGGAGACGAAUCUCCACUGACGUUCGACCGUUGCGUAUCCGUCGGCUUCUUGGAGCACGUGGGUUACCGAAACCUUCGCGAAUUCUUCACAGUCGUGUCAACGAGUCUUCGACCCAGUGGAAUCGCUGUUGUUCAAUGCAUCACGACUGGUCGAACUACACCCUUCAUCGCGGAAGAACGCUGGAUCCCCAAAUACAUUUUCCCGAAUGGUUAUUUGCCUUCACCUUCUCUUCUGUGCUCAUCAUCCGAGAUGCUGUUGACAGUAGAAGACAUGCAAAUGCUCGGACACGACUAUUAUCGCACUCUGAAGGCGUGGCAUGAGAAUUAUUCCAAGCAGAAGGUGAAGGAGCAAGUGAAACAGGAGAGAGGCGACAUCUUUGAUAGAAUGUGGGACUAUUACUUGCUGUACAGCGCUGCCGGGUUCAGAGGGCGCAAGAUUCACUUGGCCCAGGUCGUGUACUCAAAGCAUCGCUACGGGGAACGUGAAAUAAUUUCUUCAUGGAUCAGAAGUCUCUACAAUUUUUUGAACCCUGGGGCAAGAAUUCUUGGAGGAACUGAUGUGAUGAAGAAAUCCCAGGCCAAUUACAUGGUUGCCAUAGUUUAUAGGCCUGUGAAGGUGUUGAGAAAGUGGUUUGGGAUCCCAAUAUGCAGUGGCUCCCUCUUGUCAAGAUACUAUGUACUAACAGCCGCCUCCUGCUUCAGCUUCAUUGAAAAUGCUGACAUAAAUGUGAUGGCUCAUACUUUGAAGCCAUUUUGGAAGACCCCAGGCAGAGACAAUGUGGAUGUUCUCAACAAGACAUUUUACCCAGGCUAUGACUUCAAGGCAAACCCUGUGAAAGAUGACUUGGCUGUUGUAGGCAUAGAAGAUAGACUGCCUUACUUCAACCAAAACCUGAAUGCCAUAGCAUUGCCCACAACCUGCUGUGCUGGAGGCACUGAGGGGUGUUGCACAAAUUCUGCAACUGCUGAUUUCAGGAAUCAAGUCCUGAAAAGUGUUGGUUAUGGCUUGCAACAAAAUGUUACUUUGUCUGGAUUGGACUUUAAUGCAGCAAUGUCUUUGCUUAAACCAAUUGUAACGCAAAGAUUGAGGACAUUGGACCAGAAAGUGGACCUUACUGAUACACAAUGUGGUGCCAAGAUUACAGAAAUUACUGGAACAGACUUUGGAGCAUCAGCAGCCACUAUUUUUCAGAACAUGAUCUGCCUCACUCCAAACCCAGGGACAGGAAAUUGUCCAUUUGAUUAUGGAGGACCCAUCUUGAACACAAAAAAUGAGAUUGUUGGAGUUCUGACUCUUUUGGUGUCUUGCACGGAAUCUGACAAGAUCAGUCUUGGAAACGAAUUGUCAGGAGAUCACCUAAGCUGGGUCAAAUCGACAGCAAAGUUGACAUAAAAAAUCGGAUUGACAAACAGUUAUUGUUAUUGUGGUGUGAAAAAUAAAAAAAUUGAUUGCAGCAGUUA